UUUAUUAAUCUUUCAGAAUAAUAAAUGGUUAUUGGUAUCGGGGAGAAGAAUGAAUAGAGUAUUUUCUGUGAUGUGGAAAAUGGAUUUCAUGUUAUUUAAAAUGUGUUUAGAUUGAAACGAAGAAUGAUUAUUUUUCAAUCUCUUCUGGUUGUCGUCUUUUGCGGUCGAUUGGCAACAGGGUUGAGUCCUGUCCCAAGGAACUUUGUAGCCUCUGGUUGUGGAUCUAUUAACCUAGACUGCCCUCUAGGUUCUCUGUUAGUAGUCCUACAGGCUUCCUUUACCCCUGGCAAUCAAUGCAGUUUAGGAUCUCAGGCCCAGUUGGAGGAUAACUGGUAUAUCUGGGGUAGUGUUGUAUCCCGUUGUAACGGAUAUAGAGAUGGUUCCUGUUCAUACAACCUGGCUUUAGAGCUACCGGAAUCAAGGCUCUGGGGAGACGGAAGAAUCGAUGUAAAAUUCAGAUGUGAAACCAAGAUUGCAUCCUUCUGUGGAGGUAAACUGGACGUCAGCAAACCAGGAUACAUCUCCAGCCCUGGAUACCCCAGAUACUACCUGGGGGGUCGGGAGUGUGUUUGGAAUCUUCAUGCACCGCUCGGCCAAACUGUUCAGAUCCAUAUAUUGGAUCUAUCUAUCCAGGGUUCAGAUUGUAUAAGUCUGAUAGAAAAUGGAGAGACUCGAAUGGAACACUGUGGCGAUCUUUCCAAUACAAUCUCAUUCUCGUCAAGAUCAAACCAACUGGAACUUAGGAUGAGUACAGUCAACGGAAAACUGUUCCCUCGGCGUGGUUUGCUAUUAAACUAUAAAUCUGCAGGAUGUUCCACUCCACCCCCUCUACACAGGGCUAAUAUUAUUCUUCAGAACUCUACACAUACAGUGUACCAUUGUGAGGAUGGAAGUUUGUUUAAAUCUAAUAUAUCUGCUUACAAGAUCGUUGAAUGCAGAGGAAGUGUUUGGAACAGUGAACCUGACAGCUGUACACCAAUACAUCAGCUUGUACAAGGGGCAUUUAAUGUACAGGGGGUACAGAGUGUACAGAGUGUACCAAGUGUACAAAGUGUACAUAAACUUCUCAGAAACCAAACUUUGUUACAAGCAUUACAAUACGCUGGGAGUUCUUCUCACAGAGGAGUUGAGAAGAUGAGCCUAGAGGUUGGAACUACAAUUGUACUUGGUUUACUUCUUGUAUUCUCCCUGGUGGUUGGUAUUCUACUGUACUGUAUGUUUAAGGAGGCAGAACAGUCAUACUUACAGGAUGAUCAAAUCCAUCUUAAAGAAUCCUUGUCUAAAGAAGUGAUCGAAGAUCAAGUGGAGAGGUACUAGAGGAUCAAGAUCAACCAGAGAGAUAUAUGGAGAUCAAGAUGAAAAUGCACGACAAAAAUUCUUGAAAAAUUUUCAAUUUUGCUUUUUUUAUUUUCUGAAAAAAAGUUCAUCAAAUUUUUUUAAAUAUUUUGAAGAUUUUUUUUUUUGCAAACAUCUGCUGCAUGUUGAUUCUAUCCCGUUCCUCGUGUUACUGGCUUUCUAAAGAUCUACAUAUGUCCUAACCUCUGAUAAAAUCUAUAAGUUAGUAUUCAUGGGUGAAGUAAGAAGAACUGUUUUAAUUGUUAAAAAGAAUUUGUCUUUUUGAAUAAAAGCUGAUUAUGUGU